UGCCGCCCGGGGCUGAUGGGCGGCCCCCCGCAGCAGGGCGCGGGAGCGCGGAGCUGCCGCCGCUGCACGUGCGCGCGCUUUAGCGGCCCCGCCCCGAGGGCUGCCGCCGGUCUCCACGGAGACAGACGCGCAACGCCGCCGGCGCUGGAAGGAGGCAUGGAGGCGCCCGGGUCGGAGCUGGCGCCAGGACCGGAGGCGGAGCGCGCCGCCGGGCCGGUGGAGAGGCCGGCCUGCGCCGUGGAGCUGCCCCCCUGCCCGGGGCGUCCCGGGCCCGUCCUGGCCGUGCUGCCCCCGCGGCUGGAGAUGGCGGCCGCCUGCGCGCCCCCGGAGCCGCCCCCGGAGCCCCCCGCCCGCGGGCACUGCCUGCUGCGCAACUGGCAGGAGGAGAGAGCCACGAACCACCUGGACCACGUGCCAAGCCCCAGAGGCGGCACCGAGGGGUUCUUCUAUCGGCACGGGCACCAGGGGCUGCUCACGCUGCAGGAUCUGGCCGGCCUGGCGAAGAGCACCACCAUGAAAGACUCCUACCAGAGACCCUGGAGGAUGGGGCUCCCCGCGAGAGGGCAGCGGGAGGCCAUGAUGGAGUGGCUUUUGUACCAGAAAUACAGCAAGGAGGUCUUCGAGAAGGAGGUCGACCCUCCACCCAGCCCCAUGGAUUCCUUGUCCACCACACACCGGGACUAUCGCCGGGAGGGCUUCCUCUUGGUGCCUCCUUCCCCCACCAAGCCCCACGACUACCGGACAGAGCAGCCACGGUCCUUCUGGCUGGCACAUGCCCAGCAGGUGCCUGGUGUCUCCAGUAUCCGGACUGACGACACCCCCUUCAAGAAGUGCGCCACCUUCACCACUCCUGUGACUGAGUGCCUUGACCAGCCCAUGCCGUAUGGCCCAGAGAACUACCCAAAGCUCUGACCACAUUAAGGGGCGCCAGAGCCCCCCGUUGCCCUUUGCCAUGCUGCUUAGAGCUGCGACCCCUGUGCCCUUCCCAGGCCAGAAGAACAGGCCAGGGCAAGCCGCGUUCAGGGCAACCUCACAUUUAGU